AUGAAGUUCCGGUACAAGGAAGAACGGUCUUUCGAGAAGCGUCGAGAAGAGGGCGAAAAGAUUCGAAAGAAAUACAGCACCUAUGUUCCGGUUAUCAUUGAGAAGUCGCCACGUGCCCGUGUCGGAGACCUUGACAAAAAUAAAUACCUCGUUCCUUCCGACCUUACCGUUGGGCAGUUCUAUUUCCUCAUCCGCAAGCGAAUUUCAUUGAAACCGGAAGAAACACUCUUCUUCUUCGUGGACAACACCAUCCCACCAACCAGCGCCACGAUGGGAACGUUGUAUGACGAGCACAAGGACGACGACUAUUUCCUCUACAUUGCCUACAGUGAUGAAAGCAUCUAUGGUUAA